AUGUCUGCUGAACCGAGCGAUCGUAUCACGGCCCAGAUCGAGCAAUCUGACUCCAAAAAACAUACACUUUUAGCAUGGAUUUCGGCAUCCACCUGGACACUUCAAAAAUCUGAAGACGCUGGAAAGGCUGAGUCGGUGCUCUUUCAACUCGAUGAACUUAUCAAGUGCGUCUCUGAAAAGGAAGAAGACUUCCCCGUUAUUUCAUAUACUCUCUCAGAGAAUAUUUCCAAUUUAUAUGUGUUGUGCUUAAAGGUGCUAAGGACCAGAAAGCCGCGUAUUGUUUAUGACACGACAAUAACUUUGAGCAAUGUGCUUUGCGAAGAAACUAUGACCGCUGAAACUGGCAAGAAAAGCAAAAAGAAGACCUACACAUAUUCUGCUGUAAAGCUUGCUUCGACAGUUGUUCUCACGCAGCUAGCUGUCCUUUUUGCAGAGGAACUCUCUUCACUCCUACCUCCUCUGCUCCCUGAUAUCCUGAAAAACGUUAAGAAAACCAUCGAGAAAGAGAAAAAUAUGCAUGCAGCGUACCUACCAUGUUUGAUGAAGCUGGGCGCUGUGAUUCUUGGCACCAGUCCAAAAAUCGACCAUGCUAUCAUUGGCAAGCUUGCAAAAACGAUCAAAAACAUCAUGCAUGAGGUUGUCCUUGACACCCAAGUGUACCCCAUAUCUUUCAUUGGACUCGUCAUAAAAUCCUACGGUUUGCUAUUCAAGAAUGACGAAUUCUUGUCAUUACAAUCGUCUAGCAAUCACCUUGACACUUUUAAGUCAAAGUUUAUGCAAAACAACUAUGCGUACUUCGGUUUACUGCAUGAUGAAACUCGACUUGAUACAAGCUCGUGCAUUGCGGAAGUUUUAUAUGACUGGUGUUUCCAAAAAAAAACGAUUUCGAUGGACGACGUUUUGACUUUUUUGGCAGACGUCUUUCUGACAUCUGAUGCCCGUUCUGUAAAAUCUGGGAGCUUUGAAGCGUUAGCGCACUUUAUUGGUCUCGCGCUGGUUGCUGACGGCGAAUUUCUUGCAGGCGAGAAGUAUUUGCGAAUUAUAGUGAAGCUCACAGGCUUGGUAUUUGAUAAUUCCAAAACAAAAGCCCAAAAACUUGACAUUAUAUCCAGCUACCUGGAGUAUUUUGAAAACCUCCAUUCCAUUAUUUUGCCUCACGUUAGCGAACCUUCAAAACUUCUAAUACUUUUUGCAAUUUACGACUGCAAUGAAGCUAAUUCUUCUGACUUACUUGUGGAUAAAGAAGGCGAAGUCCAUUAUUCCACUCUUGCUUUUCUGCAACUUAGUCAUAGACUGAUGACGGAACUGUCAUCUGCGUUUUCUUCGAAUAGUCGACAUGCAUCGACAAUUAAAACGGUACUGCUUGAAUUAUCGACUAGUAGCAACUUUCAAAUAAGAAUUCACGGCAGCAAUGUUCUAAAAACUUUUCUGCACUUCGCACCAAUCCAUCUUUCCGAUGUCUUGGAAAAGAGCCUUGAGGCGUUAUCUAAAGAGCUACUUGUCACAAACUCUUUUUCGUUUCCAAAGGUUCAUGGUCACACGUUUGUUAUUGCCAACCUUAUUGAGAUAUCCAGUACAGAUUAUGUUCCAAAUGAGCUAAUUAUGCGGAUACUAAUAUUUGCAACGUCAAUCUUGAAAGAACACCCUGUUAGUAGUGGUUUGUCAGCUUAUUUCAAACAGCUUGUAUCAUGGAUCUUACUUUGUGGGCUCAUGAACUAUGGUGAUGAGGAUUUUCUUCGCACGCAAUCCCCUCAAUUAUUCCUCUUCUGGAACAGUGUCCUUACUCACACCUACAACUACAGGGAUGAGGAUGAAUUGUACAAAAACGUGGAACUAAGGAACCAUGCACUUACUUGCCUUCUGGCCUAUUUAGGUCGGAUCGACAUCAGCGCAGACAUUGCCAAGCAAGUUUCUUUUCUUUUAGCCAAGUGCACCAAUUUCAACAACUCAAUUAUUCUCAAGACGAAGACUAUAGACAAUGUGCUGCUACAGAACGAGAAUAGAAUUUUACAGAUUUAUUUGAGAGUCCAUGAAUAUGUGAAACACGAGUUUAACAGUGCUAUACUUAUUCUGAUUGUAAAAAACUUCGCAGACCCGAACUUGUAUUCAGAAAGCACACAAUCCGGGUCAGAUUCAAUGAGGAGCAAACAGGAGUCGUCAUCCAAAGCCACUGCUAGUAACUCAUAUGUUCUUAACCCAAGUGUGCUCCUGUCGGAUACCUCUGGUUUCGCAUAUGGGCUAUCUAGCAAAGUCAAUGGAUUUACUAUCGAUGGCCUAAAGGCGUCAAACUGCAUUCUCAGUAGCCGGUCUCUGGAGCCUUGGGGUGGAGAAAGUGGUUUUUGGUACAGUUGUUUUGAGAAAGAAGUUUACAAGCCUAUUACAUCGGUUUUGUCUUAUGACUGCUUGAUACUAUUAUAUGGCCACAAUGGAUAUUCUACAAGAGAGGUGUACUCUCCUAGGGUUACUACAUCCAUCAUUAAUUCGUCUAUGGAGGUUUUUUCUCUAAUAUUUCCUUUCCUUAACGACAAAAUUCAGUAUUCGGUACUUGAGAGUAUGAAUUCAUGCAUAUUUUCCAAGAAAACAGUCUCCCUGAGAUCAAUAGCAAUUGCCAUUAAUUGUUGUACCGCCAUACAUGGUGCAUUGAGUAUUGCUCAAGAACAUGCGCUAGCAGUUGAGGACUCCGUUGCCAGCUUGUUGAUAAAAAUCCUCAAAGACAUCCCUAUAAAUGAAGACGCAAUCUUAGCCAAGCUCAAGGCUGAAUGCAUGGGACUUGUUCUAGCAGCAUCGUCCAGAAAUGCCGCCUAUAACGAUACUGAAAACGAAAAUAUUACAGGGGCCUACGAAAUUAUUGUUAAAGAUAUUUGUGAUCAUGACGAGCCAUACUCUCGCGUUUUUAAUGCGUUAAGUGUAUCUUGUGCUCAACAUUUCAAUUCUAGAAGGCUUAAAUUUGCGCCUGCUCUCAGUCUCUUAGAAAGUCUAGUUCGUGAUCCUCAUCCUAUUGUUCAUACUUGGACCCUAGAAUCUAUCUCUAUUUUGAUUGCUAACAUCCCAACUAUGGAUGUCUCAAAGGCAUCAAACCUGCUUUUAGAAUUGGAAUCUAUCUACGUGAGUGAAAACUACGGAAAGAACAGUUCUUCAAUUUGGGCUGUGAGCUACAGCAGUAGAUUUAGUUCUCAUCGAAUAAUUGGAAAGAUUCUUGUACAUUUAACUCAGAUUUUGGGGCCUGAGAUAACUCGUCUUUCGAAGUCUUCUGUUCAAGCAUUCAAGAAUCUUUUCUACCUUUUGCUUGAAAGCAAAGACUCAAUACAAGAGUUGCAAGGUGUUCUGAUAGCUGUUAACCUGGCGGCUUUUAAAUUGAAUGGUGAUUUAAGCGGUGAGCUUGCUAUUCCAGCUUCUAGCAAGUUUAUUGGAGAGGCGUUGUAUAUUAGCCUUGGCCGGCGCGCUUUGUUAAGAAGCGGAAGGUCUUCAAGGGUUAGACUACUUGAAGCCUAUAACGAAAGUGGUGUAGCUGCCAGUUUCCAAUUGUUGACUCAAUUUGUUAAACUCGAAAUGUUUCACGGCCUUUACAGAAAACUGGAAAAUUUAAUAUGGGCUUACAUUGCGCUAUUUCCGGAUUCGCAACCCGCUAAAGACUUUGUUUUGGAAUGGUUCGAGCAUACUUUUACACAAGAUCUUUCUUGGACCGAAAGGCUUUGCAAACUGUUCUUUGUUUCGAAAAGUGAAUUGUUAGCAUUGGCCUCUAGGAAUACGCCUUUUGUUUCAUCAGAAGGCGGAGUGGGCGGGGUUAACCUGAACGAAGAUACUGAGGAGAAAGACUCAAUUGUCGAGAAUGAAGAAAAGGCUUUUACGGAGGAAAGCAAGGCUGCUGUGAAUUUGGACUCUCUGUCAUGGGAGACUAAACUAUUAAUUAUGACGCUGUUGCGCAAGCUCUUUUUAAAUGUGAAAGAAGAGAGGAAAUUAAUGAAUGUUCUUUACGUUAAGAUGCCCCAGCUGAUUAAGGUUUGUUUUAGCGCUUCAACCGUCAAUGUCCCCGAUGUAAGAAAAGCUGGAAUCGAGAUCCUUGGGUUACUCAUCACUACGUAUAACGACAGGAGCUGGGUUGCUGGGGAAACAUAUCUGGAGGAGGAAGAAGCGCACUUUGUUAGUGCACUCAUGCCUGCUUUCGAGAGUGGAAGUUUUCCUCUUAUAAUUCCGAGCGCCUUGAAAGUUUGUGCUGUGUACUUAUGCUCCAGUCCGACAAAUUCCCACCCGAACUCUAGAAUUUCGAACCUUUUAGUGAAUUCUUUAACUGAAAUUGUUGAAAAACCAGAAACGUGGUCUGUUGGUGAAGUCAAAGUUUCUACCAAGAGAUCGAAAACAGAAGUAGAAUUAUCAAUCUUAGAUGCAUGGGCACACCUGGCAAAUUAUGCAUAUAAGGAAAAAGAAAGCAAAAUUUCAGAAUUGGUUAAAGAUUAUUGUGAGACUUUGGCUCCUUUGUGGAUAAUUCACUUGAGGGAGUUUGUGAGUUUGAACAAUUCUACUUCUGUUAUAAAUAAGGGUAAAAAUCUUAAGGUGGGCCGCGAAAAAGACUGGAGGUUUUCAAAGUACAAAAAAGUGUGGCUUUCUUUUGCAAACGCGAUUGCGUCUGUCAAUAUCAUUGAUAAGUCUGUUGUUUCUCGAUGCUUGAAUGAAGACGACUUGCAUAGCUUUGUCUUUGUUGUGGCAGCUCAGUGCCUACAACAGCUAACCUUAGAUUUUGAAAUUCGAGAUAUUAAAAGUUCUACAUUGACUGUUUUGUACAGAAUCCUUUUGAUUGAAGUUCCAUAUGAACCUUUUUUCAACGACGGAGUACAUGAAGAAAUCGAAGAAAUUUUUGAGAGAGUUGUGGUAACUGGUAAUGUGGAAGAGAGGACACGUCUAGUUGACGUUAUCGAAGUUUUGGUUGUCGGUUACUUGAAUCAAUGCUCAAAACAAGAUCAUUUUUUCGCCGAAGCAGACAAAGUGUACCAUUUGGUCAGAAUUCUUCUGAUGUUAAUAUCUUCGAAACUUCCGUUUAUAAGGAGCGAAAGUGGCGAAGCUGUUGAAACGAGUUUUGAGGAAACUGAACUCCAGUUCCUCAGAAAAUGUUUUUCAACGGCAGCUAAAGUUAUUUCUAAGUUUCCUGUGGAGUUUAGAACAGACCUCAAUGCAUGUCUGCUUUUUAUUGUUGGGAGAGUAUUUGAGUCACCGAGUAGGAAUAGUUUGGUCCCAGUCGUAUUGCCCUUACUCAAGACCCUAGUUUGUCUUGGGGACCCUAGCGAUGUGGAAAAAGAUCUUAUAGUUGUCUUUUUUGAAUCCAACAAAAACACCAUAUUCGGUCAACUAUCCAAAGAUCUCGCUAUUACAACUCUUUCUAUACUUGAGAAUAAUGGAAGGGAUUGCUUUUCUGAUGAUGACGUUACAUCUGUUGUUACCUUACUUUAUGAAGGACUACAAUCUGAUUCUACUGUCGCUGUUGUAGUGCGUGCUUACAAAAGUUUGGUCAAGAAAUCGGCUAAUUCUGCAGAAUGCCGGGAAAUUGUUCGUCGAUUUAUGUUGGCAGUGGCUAGUGAAGUAGACGGAGCUGGUGGGAACCCGGAACUGCUUAAUGUGGAAGCUCUCGUUGACGCUGUUGGAGCUUUUAGUGAAACGUGCUUACAGAUUGACAAUUUUGACUCUAAAGCUGCGUUAUCGUUCUCCUUGCACCUACUCUUGUCACUUUCCCGAAAGGUACCCGCGAAAUGUGGGCUUAUUCGUGAUGAGGUGAUAAGACUCAUUAAAUCCGAUCCCGAUAGUAGUAAGAGUGCUGUAAAGGAGAAUCUCGUCCAGGAUGAAAAGAAUUCUUUGAUGAAGCUCGUAAGUACCCCGUCACAGAACGACGAGAGAAUUGAAGGCGGAAUAGAGUUGCGAAUUUUUAGUUAG